UUGGUCAUUCUUCGAUAAAUUUGUGAAUGGCGUGUUAAGUCUUUUGAGCCUCGUAUUAAUUGAAAAUGAGAUCCAACCAUUUUUCUCCAGCAGUUUUAUUUAUUUAUCUCACAAUUUUCAACACUAUUUCAGCAAAAUCUAUAGUCGGUGAUCAAUGCACGGUGAAUGUGAAAAAUGGUAUGAACCGCGAACAUCCCCCGAUCGUGGUGAAACUCUCUAAGCCACCGAUGUACGUCUACCCGAAGAUGUCGAAUGCCUCGAGCCUCGUGUUUCAGAAGGGGGAGAAGGUUAUGGUGUUCUGCCCUGGUAGGACUAACCAAAAUAGCACCGCUGUAUUAAAACCGGAAAUAGUGCUGGUGCAUGGUAAAGAGCCAAAGACGCCGGAAUCAAUGGAAUCGAUUAUGUGUACGGGCGGCGAUAAGUUUAAGAUAGACGACGAACUGGACAUAUUCAAGCAGAUCAGCUGCCAUGAAGAGCCACGAAUGAGCUACAAUGCAAUAAUGCAAAAUGUCAAUGAAGACUGUGUGAAUGGACAACGUUACGAAAUUGGCUUUGACCUGAAAGAGCAUGGAUUCCUCAAGACAAUCGACCUCUGUCACGAUAAAAAAAUGGCCAGGACCCUUUGGGCCCACGCCAUUAUCCAGCCCACCGAUCAGGAUCAAUUCCGGUACUCGGGGGACGGUGCCAAGUCCUUUAAGGCAGGCUGUCUUUACGAUAACAUGCAAAUGUCCAAAAAAGAACCGUACAAUCUCAACGUCGCAUACAAAACUAUUAGCAUCAUACUCAAGAACGCCACAGCAGUCAAUAAGUAUUUGUCUACAAAGAUAAAUGAGAGAAAAUUCUUAGCGAAAGGCCACUUGAUUGCAAAUGCUGAUAAAAUGUACAGAAGCGAGCAGGAGAGCACGUACUUUUACGCAAACGCAGUACCAAUGUGGCAGCAAGUGAAUGCCGAUCCUGGUAAUUGGUUUUUUGUAGAGAAAUACGUGCGCCUACUAGCCUUCCAUAAGCAGCACGAACUCGAGGUUUGGGUUGGAGGUGUCAGUACCCUGCAACUUGAGAAUAAGGAGAUCUACUUGUACUACGAAAAAUCGCCUGGCAAGAAAGUCAUCGACCGUCGGAUACCUGUGCCCAAGGUCAUAUUCAAGUGUGCCGUUGACAAGGAGGCGAAGGAGGGCCUUUGCUUCCUCGUGAUUAACAAUCCGUACUUGACGAAAACAGAGGUAGAGGCCGCAGGUGACAAAUAUAUCAUCUGUAAAAAACAUUCGUUGUGCGAAAAAUUGACAAACUAUGACAACGGAGCGCUAGGCUAUAUGUACUGCUGCAGUAUUCAAGACUUUUACGUAAAGAAUCACGAGGACGUAGGCGUCGAGGACCUUAAACAGUUCCUGAAUUUCAAACCGAUGACACUCCUGACCAAGGAGGAAAUUCAGAUUAGUUGAAAUCGAGGGAAUACCUUCUAUUAUUAAGUCUAUUAUGUUGCAUUUUUAUUUUAUGUAUUUCUGAAUAUAUUAAAUUAUAUGUAAUAAAAUCAUAAUUAUGUAGAAAAAUAUUAUCUGUCUUUUGCUUAUCACAAGAUACACAAUCGAAAAAUAAUAGAACUGAGUUAUCCAAACAUGAAAUACUAAAUAAUUUAAUUCAU